AUGUGCAGGCUCUGCUUGUUCGCUCUCGUGCUCCUGGUGUUUCUAUGCCAUGCACCAAGUCCGUCCAAUGGCAUCAUGAUAGAGCCAGAGCAACUAGUCCUGCGAAGCUCUCAGCGAAGGGCAGCUCCUUGUCUUCGUCUUCGAGGAGGCGGGAGAAUCCUCAAUGGCCUCAAGUAUCUGUUCGUACAGUCCACCUCUCCUCUCCCCCGCGAGAUCGUGCGGUACUUGUAUGCUCAGAGAAUAUCAGAGAAAGAGAUUCCCCACGACAUCUUUCAAGCGCUCUGCGAUGGCAGAGCAACGCUCAACGAGCUGCGAGCAUGGGUGAAGAUCAAGAGAGAAGGAGGAAUAGCAAGAUGGGUAAGCGAUCUCAGCCCGCUGCUGCGAGAUCGAGUGGUUCUCAACGCCAAGUUUGUCUUCAUCCUCCUUUGCGAGAUCGUCAUCGGCUGCACGAGCAAGCUCUCAGCGCAAGUGAUGAUGUUGGGCAGCGGCGUCUGGAGGAGAGCAGACUUAGUUCUGCUCAGUCUGCUACUGGAGAUCGUCGGAGACUUUCUCGUCGUGUGCAUCUUCUACCCAGCAGCAAGAAUGCAUGAUCGAGCUCCUGAGUGGCAGACACGACUGAACCCCUUGAUGUGGGCGAUCAAGGAUGUUCCUGCUUCCGCCUUCCUGCCUGGAUCAUACAGCUGGGAACAGAGGGCCAAGAGUGUCAUACUUCGAGGAGCUCAGCUCUUCGUUCUGUCCUUCACCAUCAGCAUGGUUGGAGAGCUCGUCAGCUACUUGCUCAUCGCGGUCAGAAAAUCGAUUCGGACGAGGAAACCCAAGGAGGAGGAAUUCGAUGAGGGAGAAUACUGGGAGGAUCAUGCAGUUGAAGAGCGACAGAUGGAGCGAUGGGAUAGCGCUGCGAUGGCACGGCGAGCUGCUUCUUUUGCCAGCUUCAUGGGAGUCUCGUGCAACCUGAGACAGCAUGCUCUCAUUGCCAUGGAGAAUCUCUCUUUCUCCCUCCUGCCUUCCGGCCUGCAUUACGAGGCCCUCGUCCUCCUCCGCUUCAUCAACUGCUGGUUGGGCGGAAUCUUAUGGCUGACUCAACAGCGGCUACUUGAGCAGCGAAUGCUCCAGAAACAGUCGGAACACUCGGACGAUGAGAUAGCAGAGGAAGGCGAGGAUGAGGUACGGAGGGAGGAGGAGGAAGAGCAGGAGGAGGAGGAGUCAUAUCGCUAG